AAUACAUUUCGCUUUCAUUUUUUUUUUACAAUUUUAUGCGAUUCCAACGAGAAUACGAUUUUCAGAUUUUCACCAAAGCAAAGACACUGCACCAAAUCACGGAGAAAUAGGACGGUUGAACCGUUUUUCCUAACUACGUAUAAAAUAUAUGAAUACAUAUAUGUAUACUUAUAUGACUAAUCAAAGUGAGAUUUAGUUCCACCUUUUUCUUAUAUUAACAAUUACAACACAAAUAUAUAACUUUUCGCUAUUUUGCACUAAACUUUGGUAUUGUGAGCCUUUAAAUUUGUAUAAAUCGUAAUUAGGAACUUGUAAAACAAAUUAUAAGGCACAGUACAAGUCACAAAAAAUUGAUGAAAAUUCACGGAAGACGGCGACGACAAGAAAUUUUCUACUCGUAAGACGGAAGGUCUACGCAGUGAAACGACGACGGUUUCUCGUGCUCGUCGCUGAGCCAAAAAUCAACUGUUCCUCAAGUCGCGUUCGAAUUGUUCGCUCCGCGAGACGCGGCGCGGCGACGAACUGCGCUCAGUGUCAAGCGGUAACCGCAUCAACGGCGUGCAAAAGUCACGGCAACAAAUCAAAAUCGAAAGAUUCAUUAGCGCGACACUGCAAACGAGACUAGAUCUACGAGUUGCAGAGAGUCAAAAAUUCCUCUCCGAAACGAAAUUGAAAUAGUGCGCCGUGAGAGAAAUUGUAAUGUGCGCGUGUAUGAGUUUAUGUGCAGAAAGUUAAUACUUUGUAAAAGAAGAAGCACCACGUUCGUUGUUGACGCUGACACAGCGACGUCGGGUUAACUAAUAUUUUAUUAUCACUACAUAUAAAUCGCUAUUGUUUAAAAAAAAGUACGGUUAUUUGUUAUCGUUUAGUAAGGUGUUGUUUGAAAAUAUUUAUUAUGGAUUUUCCAAGGAACUGGGAAAUGUAACAAUAUAAAAAUAAAAAUAGCAAAAAGGUGUGUGUAUCGUUGGAGUCUGGCAUAAAGUUCAUCGAAUAGUCCCACACCCAACGUUUCAUUGUGGCAGCGCAACAACCACAGGGAAAGCUGAAAGCGAUGACCAAUACAUGCAACCUUACCAAUAAUUUGUUAAAUAAAAGAUUUAAAAAGAGACUGCAAACAGGAACAACAAAUACUAACAUUUGAGACAUCAACAAAAGGAGAAAGAAAGGAAGACUUAAUUUUUCUAAUAUUUGGAACAAAUUACACUGAACUGUAAGAUUUACUUCGAAAACAAAAUAAAAGAAAAAUCACAGGAAACGCCACAACAAUAUUUUCGUUGCACACACUUGAGCAAGUGGCGAGUAAACAAAGCAAACAUUAAAAACUUCAUAGCAAACUUUUUUUGAUUUCGCAUAGAAUAACGACAUAAUAAAGUUUCGAAAACUGUUACAGACAUAUUAAAAUAACACUGACAUAUGUACAUAAAUAAAUUGAUAAGACCAGCAAGCUGAAAUUCAGCCUUCAAGCAUAUCAAUCCAACAAGCGCUGAAUACUGUACAUAAUUUGACUUGAGCAAAAGGAAUCAUUAAAGUGACCUAGUCUAGCCUCUACGUGUUGAAACAAUAAUCAAAGAUAAACAGAAAAUACACUAACACCAGAAAAAAGAAAGAAACAAAAAACCUAUUCACUAGUUUGACUGGGCAAAUGUAUAUCACUAACAGCAGCAACAUUGGUAUGGCCACGUUGCUGCAACAGAACAAGGCUACUUGUAUGAAGACCCUUAUCAAUGGCGGCGGCAACGGCAGCAGCAAUGGCAAUAACGGAAACAGCGUCGGCAACUCUGGAAUAGUUGUUGGUAGUAUUGUAAGUGGUGUUGGUGCGGGAACAUCACAAGUGGGAGGUGCAACGGUUGCAACCGUUGUCGGCGCCGGUGGUGCUGCAAAUAUUGCCGGUCUGGGCAGUGGUGGUGUGGGUGGUAAUUUAGUCCUGUCCACUGGGCAGGCUAUUGUUCUGACAAAUGGAGCAACCGGUGCAAGUAGUAUAAUCAACUAUCAACAAUAUCAACAGUUAUUGCAGCAACAGCAACACCAACAACAGCAGCAACAACAUAUAAACUCCACCGUUGCUACCACAACUGCCGCAUCCGGUACACGAGUAUUAAUGCCUCACGAAAUGGUGACGCUUCCUAUUAGUAGUAUUGUAACAACUAGUGGUGGCGGCUUAGCUCUGAUAACCAGUGCAAAUACGGGUGGAGGUACUGCCACGGCCACACAAGGGCACUUCUUGGUUGCGGCAACAGCAAGUCCUACUGUGCAACCCAUUCAGACAACUACGAUGGGCUCCACUAACGCUAAUAUCAGCAGUUUUCAGCAGCAAUUUCAACAGCAAAUCGCCGCACAGCAUUCCGCAGCAAAUAAUGUGACAUCCUCUGCUUCGACUAACCGAACAACUACUGUUUAUACUCAGCAACCAGCAACUACAGGCGUAGUACAAACAGUGCCUACGACACGUUACUUUUCUCAAUUUAGCAAUCAACAACAACCUACAUCUAGUAUUACGGCUGGAGCUGCAACGCCAACAAUUAUGGGCGCUAAAGCUACGGGCAAUCGUACCAUCAUUAUUAAUCGCUCCAAUAAUACUAUAAUUGCUGGUAACACCACACAACGUUUGCAACAUGCUAAAAUCUUAAAUAAACCACCGACAAAUAUUGCAGCGACGCCAUCAACUCUCAUCACGAAUGCUGUGCUCGCCAAUAAGUCACAAAUUAAUCAUAAUUCUCAUUCUCCUGCCAUUCAAGCUGUGAAGCUGCAACAACAACCGCAACGACAAAAUAUUACGGCCUUACAACAAAUUAAACAACAACAGUUGCUGCAACAACAAAAAAUACAACUAGUAAAGCCAAUCGUACACAGUAGCAGUUCGGUGACAACAAUUGCUACAAAAACAACAACAGUAGCUAAUACGCCUGCAUCCUCGCGCAACACACCGAGUGGGACAAUGGUGAAUGGUGGCAUAAAUUUAGUUCCUAACAGCAGCAACAAUAGUAAUAAGAGUGGCAAUGUGGCAAGUGCCACAACCCCAGCAUUGGUUGCGAAAGCGUUACCUACGGCGGCUGUAUUUCCACAGCAACAACAACUUCAGCAGCAGCAAAAACAACAGCUGCAGUUACAAAAUCAUCAACAACAACAGCAGCAGCAGCAACUUAAACAACAAAACCAAAACCAAAGUCAACAACUUCAAUCUCAGCAACUUGGACCAGCGCAAGAGCAUAAACAAAUAGUUGCCCACUCACGCACCAUACCCGCCACACCUCACAACUCCACACCUGUUGCAACUAACAAAAGUGUCAAUUCAGUUGCUGCAGCCACUCCAGAAGGCACAGCCGGUGCAGAAGCUGCAAAUGCUGAACCCGAGGUGGAGCCAGAAAUCGACAUCGUUAUUAAUAAUGUUGUCUGUUCAUUCAGUGUACGUUGCCAUUUAAAUUUGCGCGAUAUCGCACUCAAGGGCUUCAAUGUGGAGUAUCGUCGUGAAAACGGCAUGGUGACUAUGAAACUGCGCCGACCUUAUACGACUGCGUCAAUCUGGUCAUCUGGUCGUAUUACAUGUACGGGUGCCACAUCCGAGGAACAGGCCAAAAUUGCGGCACGUCGCUAUUCACGCUGUCUUGAGAAGCUCGGAUUCCGUGUGCGUUUUCAAAAUUUCCGCGUGGUAAAUGUGCUCGGCACAUGCAGCAUGCCAUGGGCCAUUAAGAUCUUGAAUUUCUCUGAAAGAUACAAGAAAGAAGCCAGUUACGAGCCUGAGUUGCAUCCCGGUGUCACAUAUAAGCUGCGUUAUCCCAAGGCUACUUUGAAAAUAUUUUCCACCGGCAGUAUAACUGUGACUGCUGCUAGUGUUGCUAAUGUACAGGCUGCCAUAGAACAUAUAUUUCCGCUGGUCUAUGAGUUUCGUAAGAAACGUUCACCCGAGGAGCUGGAACAGUUACGCAUUAAGCAGGCCCGGGCCGCAUCAGUAGAUGUAACGGAACUCGAAGAGGUGCUAAACAAUGACGUUGUCGUUGAAGCGGACACAACCGCUGUGCCCACAUUACAGCGCCGACGUAUAAGCAAUAGCGCGCCCAAUAAUUUUAAACAAAAGCGCCGAAGAAUCGGCAGUGAUAUUGAUUUUGAUGGUGACGAUGGUUCGCUGGUAGCAGCUGAAGAAAUCGACGAUCCCACAACAAGGGAAACGGACGAUAAUAUUGUGAUGUACGAUCCGGAUGAUUUAAUUGAAGGACCCGACGAUGAAGAUGAUCUUUAAAUAUCAAAUGUGAUUUGUGCAUUUUUGGUACGGGAGAUUUGAGCACAGCACAUGCAUGCAUGUUUGAUUACGUAUUAUGGUUUCACAACAAAUUUCUAUACAAAUACAGAUAUACAUACAUAAAUAAAACAAAGAGAACAAAAAGGAGUUUAUUACAAAUUGCCAAUACAUAUGUAAUGCAAAGCGAAUUUUAAGCAUUAAACAAAAACAGCAAUGUUAUAGAGAACAUAUAAUAUAUAGUAGAUUUAAUGAUGACAACACACACAAACUACAAAAAAUAAAUUACAAAAAUAAAUAUUUCACAUCAGAAACCAAAACAAAUCAACUUAGUUCUAAUCAAACAAAUGAAGUUUGGCGUUAAACAAAAAUUAAAAGCAUAAUUUCUUUAUUUUUUGUGCACGCACAACUAUUUACAUAUACACGUACAUGUAUGAGUGCGUAUAUUUUAAGUAGCGUGCAUAAUCAAUGCCAACACCAUCAUGUAUACAUGGACAUUUGUAAAUUUGUGCACUCCAAAUGUCGGUGCUGAGGUUUCGAGUUCAAUACGCUAAUGUCAGCAAUUAUGCAACGCAAAUGUUGGGAGAAGUGUGCGAACUACGAUCUACUAUGGGAAUUGUGAGCCAAAUAACUACAACUAUUUAUAAGGUAUUUUUAACUUCCAGUGUGCUUUGCUUAGUUACGUCGUCGUUGUUUGCAGCAUUGAUUACUUGCAACAGUUGAAGGCAGACAACGGAGCAACAUUUAAAUUAAAUGAUUGGCUCGAGCGAAUUCCGUGAACACAACUAAACCACACGAAAAACCAAUAUUUGUUAGUUUAAAAACAUAUUUGUAGCGUUUUACUAUGUAUGCAUACUAAUUUCAUUCGUACUCGUACGCCAACUUAUGCUUGGCCGAAAAUUUAGUUUUAAGAUUUCGCUGAUUAGCUAAGAUUAGUUUAAAGAAAAAAA